ACUCUCUUCGCUGGCAGCUUGGCCUGGAGCAUUGAUGACGAUGCCCUGUACCAGGCUUUCGAGUCUUUCGACGGCCUUGUUAGUGCUCGUGUCGUUACUGAGAAGGCUACUGGCCGCAGCCGUGGUUUCGGCUAUGUCGACUUCAAGGAUGGCGAGUCCGCUUCCAAGGCUUACGAGGCCAUGCAGGGUCAGGAUGUUGGUGGCCGUGCCAUCAACCUUGACUAUGCCAACGCCCGCUCCGAUGAUGCCACUCCUCAGGCCCGUGCUGCCGACCGCGCCAAGAAGCACGGCGAUACCGUCAGCCCUGAGAGCGACACUCUCUUCGUCGGCAACCUGCCUUUCGAUGUUGACCAGGACACUGUCACUGAGUUCUUCAACGAGGUUCGCCCCGUUGUUAGCGUUCGAUUGCCUACCGACCCUGAGAGCGGUAACCUCAAGGGCUUCGGUUAUGUCACCUUUGGCUCCAUUGAUGACGCUAGAGAGGCCUACAACGCCAAGACUGGCUCUUCCAUCGGCAACGGUAGAUUCGCUCGCACUCUGCGACUUGACUACUCCCAGCCCCGUCCCCAGGGUGGUGCUGGUGGUGGCUUCGGCGGCCGUGGAGGUGGUGGCCGUGGUGGUGGCCGUGGAGGCGGUCGCGGUGGCUUUGGCGGCCGAGGUGGUGGUCGCGGCGGUGGCCGUGGCGGCAACUUCAGCGCUGUCAACCGCACCAAGCCUGGCUACUCUGGCACCAAGAUCUCCUUUGACUAA